AUGGCGGGUAGUGAGCAUAAAUAUCAUUUUCUUCGAGAUUGCAUCCAAAAAACCUUGAAUGAGUGGAGUUCCCAAAUCAGCCCAGAUUUGGUCAGGGAGUUUCCAGAUGUCUUGGAAUGCACUGUAUCUCAUGCAGUAGAAAAGAUAAAUCCUGAUGAAAGAGAAGAAAUGAAAGUUUCUGCAAAACUGUUCAUUGUAGGAUCAAACUCGUCAUCAUCAACUAAAAAUGCAGUUGACAUGGCCUGUUCAGUCCUUGGAGUUGCACAGCUGGAUUCUGUGAUCAUUGCUUCACCUCCUGUUGAAGACGGAGUUAAUCUUUCCUUGGAGCAUUUACAGCCUUACUGGGAAGAGUUAGAAAACUUAGUUCAGAGCAAAAAGAUUGUUGCUAUAGGUACCUCUGAUCUAGACAAAACACAGUUGGAACAGCUGUAUCAGUGGGCACAGGUAAAACCAAAUAGUAACCAAGUUAAUCUUGCUUCCUGCUGUGUGAUGCCACCUGAUUUGACUGCAUUUGCUAAGCAAUUUGACAUACAGCUAUUGACUCAUAAUGAUCCAAAAGAGCUGCUUUCUGAAGCGAGUUUCCAAGAAGCUCUUCAGGAUAGCAUCCCUGACAUUCAAGCACACGAGUGGGUGCCACUGUGGCUACUGCGGUAUUCAGUCAUUGUGAAAAGUAGAGGAAUUAUCAAAUCAAAAGGUUACAUUUUACAGGCUAAAAGAAGGGGUUCUUAACUACAACUUAGGAUCAUAACCUACUGACCUGUAUUUUCCUUGAAUAUAAGAUAAAAUUGAAAAGUGUAAAAAUCCAGUUAUGCCUGUAAAUGGUGUCAUUGAGGCAGAUAUUUUUUAGUUAUAUUUGACAGUAUGUUGUCUGUCAAGUUUGGGAUACUUCUCUUGCCUCCAUAUCAAUCCACUCACAUGAACCACUGUAUUGUUUUCAUUAAACUAUUGUUUUCUAAUUGAAAUUGUCUAUAAAAUACUUGCAAUAUAUUUUUCCUUUAUUUUUAUGACUAAUAGAAAUCAAGAAAAUUUGUUGUUAGAUAUAUUUUGGCCUGGGCAUCAGGGUAAUGUAUAUACAUACUUUUUAUUUCCAAAAAAAUUCAUUAAUUGCUUCUUACUCUAUAGUAUAACUAAGCAAUUUAAUUACAAUUGUUAAAACUGAAAUACUAGAAGAUUUUUUUCCUGUCAUUAAUAAAAUAAUUAUAUCUCAGAGUAACUGGAGUAGCUGGAAUUUACUGGUAGUAUAAAUAAAAUUCAUUCUUCAGUACAUGAAUGGAAAUUUAAAAUUUUUAUGUGUCCUUGCUUAUAGUUUAGCCAUAAAGACAAACCAACGUAAAUCUGAAAAGGAGACUAGAGCUUUGAAAUUAUUGUUUGGGGGUUUUAUAAAAGCAACUACUAUCACCUCCAGAUUCGUUUUAAUUCUCAACCAUCCUUAGAAUAUUGCUACUCAUUCAAGAACAUUCAGUAAGUAUUAAGCACCUACCUUGAGCUAGGCACUCUGAUCUCUGAGGAGAGGAGGGGGCAUGGAGCCAGGGAUUAAGAAUCAGUUCAGUAAGAUAUGGGAUACUUUUUCUCCAUUAAUAAUUGACUAGGAGGGAAUAAAAGCCAGAAAAGGGGUGAGAAAAAUCUUUAAUUCAGGGCCAACAUUAUCUUUUUAUUAUUUUUUUGUUUUUGUUUUUGUUUUUUUUGUUAUUGGCCAGUAUGGGGAUCCAAACCCAUCACCCUUGGGGUUGUAAGGCUGUGUUCCAACCAACUGAGAUAACCAGCCAGCCUAACAUUGUCUUUUUAGACAACUUUCUUUAAGAUAUGGUCUUAACUAUUUUGAAACAGAAAAAUAUAAUCAACGUUUUAGAGCUAGAAGAGGCUAUAAGUCAUUUAGUAUAAACCCUCAUUGGUUUAAAGACCAGAAAAUUGCAAGUAAAUAAGCUGUGACCUUUGACACAUACUAUAGUUCUCCUUAAUUCUAUAAAUUUGUAUCUGUAACCCAAAUAGUUUCAAAAAUUCUUUAAAAAUCUCUUGUAUCUCAAUAUUUUUAAACCAUGGGUCUAUGUAAAACUAAUUUUGCUCAAGUUUUCUCAAUUUAGGGAAAAGAGCUAUGGUCCAGAUUCAAAAUAAAUACAGUAGACCCUUUUCCUCAGUAGUAUUUUGUGGUUUACUGAUGGUGUAAUUUGAUUAUAAUUAUAAUGUGGAAAAAAAAUUAUAAUGUGAAAUCAUCUGAUUUACCUGCUACCUUGUUUAGACUUUGAGCUUCUUAAAGACAUCUAGCCUUUAUAAUAAUUGUAUGUAAUGUUAUUAAAUAUAUAUAGUUAACUUUUAAGUUUGGAAAUGUAUAUUUUCUCAUAUACCAUAAGUCCUUAAACAAAUGCUGAUUUUAUUUUAAAUCUAUACAGUGAAUUGGCCACCAAGAUAUUUUAAGAGAGAACUUUAAUAUCACAUUUAUUGAUUUUUAAAACCCUGGGCUUAUAAAAAUGGAUUGUUUGAAGGAUUAUUUUGAAAAUGGGGGUAAAAACUUAAUGUUGCUAAUAUAUCUAAACUUCUGAAGCUUUUUUGUGAUCUCUCCUCACUCCCCAUUCUUAACAAAGAAAGAAGAUUAUAGAUUCAUUUUUGUGAAGGGGAUCAUGUGUGGAAUUUUUAAGUGGGUUUUUUGGUUCCACCUCUGUUCCCUGAAUUUGUUAUUGAAUAGCCUUUUUUAAAAAAUUAUUUUUUUUCCAAUUCAGAAGUAUAUUUUGGGGUACAAAGAAACAGUUUAAUACCACAAGGAAGCAAAUAAGCAAAUACAGAACAUAGCAUGCCUAUAAGAAAACUGACCCUGUUUAAACAACAAACCAAAGGCAUAGGGUAAGCAGUGAAGGAGGCUGCUUAACCAAAAUUAAGUCUGAAGAGACAUAACCACCAAAUGUAACACGUGCACUUUAAGGCUUUAUAAUUUUCCAAGCUAAUGUUCACAUCUUUUUUCAUGAACUAUCAGAAUAUAGUGAAUACUUUUCAAAUAUUUAAGAAUUUAAUGUUUAAGAAGCCAUAAAAUAAAGAGUGGUAAUUCUACCAAAUAAUUGGUUAAAACUGAAAGCUAAGUUUAUCAGUAGUGUAUAUAACAGAUAUGUUUUCUAGGGAGAUGUGAAUUCGGUGACCUAAGAUAGAAAGAGUUUAUAUAAUUGUUGUUUUCCAGUGAAUACAAAAAGAAGCUGUAGCUUGUUAUUAUACUUCCAGAAUACACUGGAGCCUUACUUUAAAACAAUGUACUGUAACUUGGAAUUUGUCCUGUACUGGGUCUAUCUUGAAUUUCCAUCCAAGAAACUGUAGUCACCAGAAGAACCAAGGUGUCUUAUGAAAUACAUUCACAUGAUGUAAAUUCCAAAGACCACAUUAUGCCAGUACAUUAAUAGAGGAUCCCUUUAGGGAUGGCCAGUGCUAGAACUUGAAUCACAAUAGAUAAUAAUUUCUCAGUUCUCGAAAAAGAUCAUUUGGACAGCUAUGUGUAAGAUAGAAAAUAAAGUUAUUCUGUUUUGCAUGAAUGGUUCAGACUUUUCCAUAUCAGAGCCAAGUAGUAACUAAAAUUAGGAUCUUGAUUCUCAGUGAUAAAAGGUCUAAGGCUCAUUUAAGUAUGUCUCUUUCUGUAAGGUUUCUUUCUACAUUUUCCACCCAGUAUUUUCAAUGUUUGGGAAUGUAAGCAAUUGAUACAUUUAUUGUAUAUCGGCUGACAGUUCAUCUUUCUGCCAAAUGUACAUUUAGAGAAAUGUGAAGCUGUUUUAAUGAGAAUUUAAACCAUUUGUAUUUUCAUAUUCAUAUGCACCAACUUAUGAUUCUGAACCUAUUUUUUUCAUCAUUAACUUCCUAAUGUAACAGAAUUUGUAUCUUGUUUUUUUCCUGUAAAGGUGAUAAUGGAAUAUGUUAGUUUUAUUUUUGAAAAAUAUAUAACAUGAUUUUCAUUAAUAUUUUUAUAGUUUUCAGAAUUAGAAAUACACUUACGAAGGGAAAAUGUUCUAAUCAGAUAAUUCUACUUUUUCUUAUAUGUCUGUAGUGGUAUACUAUAAAUAAAAGCAAAAUAUAAAACAUUAA